AUGGCGUUUCUGGUGAAUCAAAUGCCGGGCGAUGAGUUGAAGAGUUUCACCGGAGGCGGUGCCGAAGAGGAUACCAAAGCUGGAGGACAUGGGAAGGAAGCACCAGAAUCCCAAGGCAUGUCCAGGGCGGAGUUCGAAGAGUACCAGAGGCAGCUGGUGGAAGAAAAGAUUGAGCGUGACAAGGAUUUUGCCAUGAGGAAGGCCGAGAGGGCAAAUCUAAGGGUGGCACUGAGGGACAAAUACUGACUCCCGGACAGCACCCAAGACACCGCAACAGUUCGGAUGGCCGGAGACGACGUCGACCUACCGGAGGACCUUGCCAAAAUGGCGGACGAAGACGAGGGAGAGGAGGAGACCACUGAUUCACUCCUGCAUGAACUUCAAAACAUGGACAUGGACACGCUGAAAACCAAAGCCCAGGCCACGGCGACAGAGAUAAUGAAGCAGACGGCGGAGGAGGACCGCCGUUCAUCACAAAUACAAUGCACUUGAAAAAUACACAGACAGUCACAUUUUAACCAAGCAAGAUCAAUUUUGUUCCCCCUUUCACAAGGAAUUAAAGCUGUAAACUGGUUUGUCAGUGAAGGGUUUCUCUACCUCAUCAUUUUCAGGAUUAAUUUGCCAACUUUAUGUUAGAACUCAUUUACUUUGUUUGCGGUGGGAUUAUUUGUUUUUUUAAAUCCUUUUUUUAUCGGAGUCUGUUAAAUAUUAAAAUAGACUGUCCUGAAGUAAUGAGAGGAGAUCCUUUCGUGACAUUAGCUCAGUAGCUAUAUGUUUAAAAUGUUAACAAGGUCAAAUUAGCAGCAUUACCCAUUGGGCGAUGAAGGUCCUAAUCUGGAUGAACGGAGGGAGGGUUAACCCCUUUGACUAUUGUGACAAACCAAAAGAUUAAAAGAUAAAGUGCUUCUGCUCCAAACAUAUAUUUUUUUUUGUUGACUGACAAAUUCGGUUAAGAUAUUAAAUAACCAUAUUUUAAAGUAUCAUUGUAGUAGAACAAAUGUAUGGGGUUAAAAUAAAAAAAAUUUAAGAAAAGAACUAUGGCAUGUUCUCCCUGGAUGUGCCUAACUGUAAGUGUGCGCCUUUAUUUGACAGGCAUUUUGAAUUGCUUGUACCCAGAGAACACA